AUGAACAUCCUCCUGCCGUCUCUCUUCGGUCUACACUGUAUCAUGGGCCCUAAAGGUGUAGUGCCUAACAUGCACCUUAUAGAAUCACUUGCAGACCAUGCAGAGAUCGAUAUUUGGAGCAUGGUCCCGUCAUUAGUCGAUGAGCUUGGUGAAACGCCCGAUGUCUUGGUCAAGCUCAAGCAAUCCAAAUUCAUCUGCGCUUCCGGUGGCCCAGUCAGCCCUCUCAUCGGAUCAAAAGUAAACGAUGUCGUCCGAGUUCUAAACCUGACCGGUACUACAGAAGGCCUGUUUAUGGGGAAUCUAUGGGUAGAAAAACAAGACUGGUAUUAUUUUGCCUUUCACCCAUUCUCCGGGUUCGAGUUCAAGGAAGUAGAGUCAGGCGUCUAUGAACAUUGGAUCGGAGCAGGGAAGCCUCAGGCAGGUCUUCUAAUUGAGCUUGAAAACCCAACUUCCAAGACCAACGUGGUAUGGGAUAGUAUCUGGGCUACAAUUGAACGCGCCAACGCAUUGUCGUUGCACAAAAAUCAGGUGCAAAGUGAUUACGUCGCUUUCGCUGAAUUAGAUACGCCUUUUUCCCGCACUGAUAAGGGAACGGUGAAGCGACGGGCCACGCUCGAGGCGUAUGCUGAUUACAUCGAGCGCUUCUAUAGCUCGCGGUCGGACCAAGACACCGAGUUCUUAGCUAUCGACACCAGUUCUAUUGUUUCCAUCACCGAUGCCAUCCGUCACGUCUUAGGCAGUCUCUCACCUGCUGUUAAGAAGGCCACACCCGACGAUGACCUCUUCGCCAUGGGCUUCGACUCGCUGCUCGUUUUUCGUGCUAUCAAGACUCUUCGCGUAGCCACCGGGCUUCGUGACCUGUUGGCCCCAAGGCAUCUCUACGGCAGCCCUACACUCCGCCAGUUCUCAGCGACGUUGGCUCAGCUGGUGGCCGACAUGCAUAGGAAGGCGAUUGACAGAUCAGCUUCGAAUGGAACGGUUGCAGACAACGUCGCCGAGAUGUACCGCAUGAUCAAUCUGCACCGCAUGCGUCUCUCACAAAAGGUUAGCCCUUUCGACCAGAUGAGCCCCAACAUAUAUCUGGGCAUGAAGUUUUUCUACCAGCUCCGCAAGGGCGCCCGUUUUGAAGACGUGUUUGUACGAUUACAGGCAGGGCUGCGUCGGGCCAUGACACUCAUUCCCGAGCUCGAGGGUAAGCUGAUGCCCUGUUCGGAGGACGAGAUAGGGUACAAGAAGGGUGACAUGCGCAUUUCGAUUCCCCCGGUGCCUUGUACGGCGACGGCGAACCGCAGCACCGAGUCAUCCAGGCCACGACAACUGCGUUACCGAGACCUUUCGGCGGUGCUCCCGUCCUUUGCGGAGCUUCGUGCCGGUGGCUUCGCGUCUUCAGGCUUUGCAGAUGAUGUCGUACUUUCAAGCCCGUUGCUGCCGCCGCUGCCGGCCGACUUGUUCGUCGCGCAGGCCAAUUUUAUCACUGGUGGCUGUAUCCUAGCCAUCAACAUGCACCACCAAUGCUUCGACGGCACGGGCACAAUUAUGGUGAUGCGUAUCUGGGGUGAAUGCUGUCGUUAUGUGCAAGGCGAUGCCUCGGCGACGUGCGCCUGGCUGGACAAAGAGAGUUUGAACCGUAAUCUUCUGCAAAUUCUAUACGAGAUGGAGGGGUAUGCGAAACCGGCAGGCCAAGUAGACAAGAACGUAUGGGGUUUCAUCGACAUCCCGGAUCCGGCCGAGACAGGGUCGGAGUGUGUGACCGAGAUUCAGAACCUCGUCACCGAGUCGUCGCUCCCUCCGGCUCCGUUCUUCCCCCGGAAUUUUCAAUGGCCGCCGAAACCCCUUCCCAACGGCCGGCACUUGGCUUCAUCCACCUUUAUCAUUCCGACCGAAAUGAUUGAGCAGCUCCGGCAAGACGUUCUGGCUGACCCCGCAGCCGGGGGCCUCAUCUCGGACAGCGACAUGAUCCAAGCAUUCGUUUGGCGAGCGGCCGUCAAAGCGCGUCGCCAUGUAGCGAUACAGCUGCGCGACGAGACCUUUGAAACGGAUGAGAUGGCCAUCGUUGAGUUGCCUAUCGAUGCCAGGCCUUAUUUCUCAAAGCUGCUGCCAGAGUCGUAUAUGGGCAACCUCGUCGUCAUCAACCGGCCGAGCAUGCCGGUGGCGACGCUCUGCGGCACAGAAACAACAGUGGCGCAGAUUUCACAGGUGCUCCGCGCUGCUGCUGUCCACAUCACGCCUUCAUUAGUCCAUGAUGCAUUCACGCUGCUGCAGUCAGUGCCUGACUACACCAAAGUGACUACUGCAUGCAUGGAGAUGGAGGGGAUGCACACCGCCGUUAAUAAUUUGAUGCUUUUCCAGACGAGUGCUAUCUCUUUCGGAGACGAGUUCCUGGAUGAUGGCGGCGUGCCAUCUGCAAUGCGCGUGCAAAUGGAUGCUAUCAACGCGGCAUUCCGCAUGUUGGUUAUACAUCCACUGCGCGAGGACGGUGGGAUUGAGCUUGUCAUUGGCACGCUGCCAGAAGAACUUGAUGCGCUGCUGGCAGAUGGCGAGUUCACUAGGUAUUGUAGGUUUGUAGGUUAG